AUGCUGGUGUCCCACAAGGCUGUGUCCUAUCCCCGACCCUGUUUAUUCUGCAUAUCAAUGAUAUGUUGCAGCUUGACAACAUUCAUUGCUAAUUGCUAUGCGGACGACAGCACUGGGGAUAUUUUUUACACUGGCCGGGCAGGUAUUUCUCGGGCUGUUGUCGAUGAGUACCGGAACAAACUUGUGUCUGAAGUCGAAACUCUUCUACGUGGAGUCUCGGACUGGGCUAGACUAAAUCUAGUCCAAUUUAACCCCAAGAAGACACAAGUAUGCGCGUUUUCCCCUAAAAAAACUGCCUUUGUCGCAACUCCCCUCUUUGAAGACACUCUCCUUAAAGCCUCAGCUAGCAUCGGACUACUGGGCGUUGACAUAUCGAAUAACGUUCAGUUUCGCGGUCAUCUGAAAGGAAAGGCUAAAUUAGCCUCCAAAAGCUUGGUGUGCUCAGCAAGGCGAGACGGUACUUCACUUCGGGCCACCGCUUGCAAUAGCGCUAUAAAGCGCAAAUUCGGCCCCACAUGGAAUACUGUUCUCACCUCUGGUCGGGAGCUCCCCAGUACCAGCUCCUUCCACUUGACCGUAUUCAACGAAGAGCGGUUCGAAUGGUCGACGACCUGUCACUUUCCGUGCGGCUUGAUCCCUUAG